GCUACGGCGUGGCAGCCAAGAAGGAGAUCAGCACAGAGGGGGACCUGGUCAUCGGGGGGCUGUUCCCGGUGCACGAGAAAGGCAGCUCUGCUGAGGAGUGUGGGCAGAUCAACGAGCACCGGGGGAUCCAGCGCCUGGAGGCCAUGCUCUUCGCCCUGGACGAGAUCAACCGGGACCAGCCCAAGAAGGAGAUCAGCACAGAGGGGGACCUGGUCAUCGGGGGGCUGUUCCCGGUGCACGAGAAAGGCAGCUCUGCUGAGGAGUGUGGGCAGAUCAACGAGCACCGGGGGAUCCAGCGCCUGGAGGCCAUGCUCUUCGCCCUGGACGAGAUCAACCGGGACCAGCGCCUCCUGCCGGGUGUCACCUUGGGGGCCCACAUCCUGGACACCUGCUCCAAGGACACCUACGCCCUGGAGCAGUCGCUGGAUUUUGGUCGCUGGAUUUUGUCCGCCCACAUCUCCCCCGACGGCUCCUACGCCAUCCACGACGAGGUCCCCAUGGCCAUCACCGGGGUCAUCGGGGGCUCCUACAGCGACGUCUCCAUCCAGGUGGCCAACUUGCUGCGCCUCUUCCAGAUCCCGCAGAUCAGCUACGCCUCCACCAGCGCCAAGCUCAGCGACAAGUCUCGCUAUGACUACUUCGCCCGCACCGUCCCGCCCGACUUCUACCAGGCCAAGGCCAUGGCCGAGAUCCUGCGCUUCUUCAACUGGACCUACGUCUCCACAGUGGCCUCGGAGGGGGACUACGGUGAGACGGGCAUCGAGGCCUUCGAGCUGGAAGCCCGGGCCCGCAACAUCUGCAUCGCCACCUCCGAGAAGGUGGGGCGCUCCAUGAACAAGAAGACCUUCGACAGCGUGAUCAAGGCCCUCCUGCAGAAGCCCAGCGCGAGGGUGGUGGUGCUGUUCACCCGCAGCGAAGACGCCCGGGAGCUGCUGGCGGCGGGGCAGCGGAUCAACGUCUCCUUCACGUGGGUGGCCAGCGACGGGUGGGGUGCCCUGGAGAACGUGGUGGCGAUGGAGUGGGCGGCCCCCCCCAUCCAGGAGUUCGCCGUCUACUUCCGGAACCUCCACCCCUACAACAACAGCCGGAACCCCUGGUUCCGGGAGUUCUGGGAGCACAAAUUCCAGUGCAGCUUCCACCGCCAGGACUGCAGCCGGCACUCCCUGAAGACGGGCAAGUUCGAGCAGGAGUCCAAGAUCAUGUUUGUGGUCAACGCCGUCUACGCCAUGGCCCAUGCCCUGCAUAACAUGCACCAGGCCUUGUGCCCCAACACCACCAGGCUGUGUGAUGCCAUGAAGCCGGUCAACGGCAGGAGGUUCUACAAGGACUUCAUGCUCAACGUCAAGUUUGACGCGCCGUUCCGGCCAGCGGACACCAAGGGCAUCGUCCGCUUUGACCGCUAUGGCGACGGAAUCGGGCGCUACAACAUCUUCAACUACCACCGGGCGGAGGGGAGAUACCGCUACCAGAAGGUGGGCUACUGGGCCGAAGGGCUGACCCUGAACACCAGCCUCAUCCCCUGGGCCCAGGCCGCCGUGCCCGUGUCGCAGUGCAGCGACCCCUGCAAGAAGAACGAAAUGAAGAGCAUGCAGCCGGGGGACAUGUGCUGCUGGAUCUGCAUCCCCUGCCAGCCCUACGAGUACCUGCUGGACGAGGUCACCUGCAUGGACUGCGGGCUUGGCUACUGGCCCAACGGGACCUUGAAUGGCUGCUACGAGCUCCCGCAGGAGUACAUCCGCUGGAAAGACGUCUGGGCCAUCGGGCCGGUCACUAUCUCCUGCCUGGGGUUCCUCUCCACCCUCUUCGUCUUCGGGGUCUUCGUUAAGCACAACGACACGCCCAUCGUGAAGGCCUCGGGCCGCGAGCUCUGCUACAUCCUCCUCACCGGGGUGCUGCUGUGCUACAGCAUGACGUUCAUCUUCAUCGCCAAGCCCUCCACCGAGGUCUGCACCCUGCGGCGCCUGGGGCUGGGCACCUCCUUUGCCGUCUGCUACUCCGCCCUGCUGACCAAGACCAACCGCAUCGCGCGCAUCUUCAGUGGGGUGAAGGAAGGGGUGCAGCGCCCACGCUUCAUCAGCCCCACCUCGCAGGUGGUCAUCUGCAUGGCCCUCAUCUCCUGCCAGCUGGUCAUCGUCGUCAUCUGGCUGCUGGUGGAGACCCCCGGCACGGGGAAGGAGACGGAGCCGGACAAAAGGUACAUUGUCACCCUCAAGUGCAACAACCGCGACUCCAGCAUGCUCAUUUCACUCACCUACAAUGUGCUCUUGAUCAUCUUGUGUACAGUCUAUGCCUUCAAGACCAGGAAAUGCCCCGAAAACUUCAACGAGGCCAAGUUCAUUGGCUUCACCAUGUACACCACCUGCAUCAUCUGGCUGGCCUUCCUGCCCAUCUUCUACGUCACCUCCAGUGACUACCGCGUGCAGACCACCACCAUGUGCAUCUCCGUCAGCCUCAGCGGCACCGUGGUCCUCGGCUGCCUGUUCACCCCCAAACUCCACGUCAUCCUCUUCCAGCCACAGAAAAACGUCACCAGCCACCGCGUAGCCACCAACCGGUUCAGCGUGACAGCCACGGGCUCCAGCCCCUCGCAGGUAUUCUUGGUUUUGCUGGAGGACAGCUAG